GGUGAAGAUACAAGAACCUUCGACUUUCCCUCCCCCUCUCUCGCAGGCAUUCCCUACUGAAUAGUUUUGGCCGGAGUCGUAUCAAUAGCCCCGGGCGUGCUCAUGCUGGGUUCUCGCCUAGCGUCCGCGUCUUCAGCUGUGAAAUGGUCCCAUCUGCCCGUUAUCACCCCGCCGCCUUCAACCAGGCGACUUUUGACGAUGCGCGCAGGCCCGGAUGUGGUAUGUCUAGAUUGCACGGGCACCAUCAUGCGGAUAAAGGGCUCGAUGCCAAGGCUCUACCUGGGCGUCCUGGAAGACCGCCUGGGCGUCUCGGAGGGUGGGCUUCCCGACAAGGUUUCCGAGCAGGACCUCUUGAAUUCCUUCCGGGCGUCGCUCAAGCGGAGGUCGAAGGAGCUGCCGUGCUUCGGCACGGGGGUGAUGUCCUCCGAGGACUGGUGGGCGGAGGUCGUGAUGGCGACAUUUCGAGGGGCUGGGGUCUCGGACGAGACCCUCGGGAUUAGCCAGGAAGGGGACCGAGGUGGUGGCGGGGGCGGCGGCGGCGGCGCUAGAGGCGGUCGUGUAUUCGAUGACGUCUUCGAUCGACUGUUUCACGAUGUGUUCACCAGCACGACUGCGUGGGAGCUUGUGCCGGGAGCGGAAGAGGUGCUGGAGGAUCUUCGCGCUUGGGUUGGGGAAGCAGGAGGACCGCGGGCACUUGGCGCGGUGUCAAACUUUGACGAGCGCCUCCAUCCGCUCCUUAAGAAUCUCGGCGUGUAUGAGUCCUUCGACUUCGUGCUCACAUCGAGGGAGUGUGGCUCGGAGAAACCCGAACCGCACAUGUUCCAUGAAGCUCUCAAGCGGGCGGGAUCGAGCGGCGGCGGGGACGGUGACGGGAGAGGGGUGAUCGUUGGCGAUACCUUCAGGACCGAUGUGCUGGGUGCGAGGUCGGUUGGCUGGGACGCUGUGCUUAUCACGAGGGGGAAAGACCCAGCUACCGAGGAAGAGCAAGAUACCACGCAUUACGCCCGCGUCGAUGACCUGAGAGGCGUACCCGCCGCACUGGGCAGGGGGCGAUGACGGCGUGUAUUUUGAUGGGGUGCCGGUGUUUUUAGAGGGUCUUGUUUGUUUUUGGGACAGUGCGCGGUGGGGGGUGGCUGGCGGUUGGUUGUGGUGGUGCUGAGAGAUGCAAUGUGUGUUGUUUCGGAUGCCUUGAAGAGUUUUCUAUGGGCUGAACGACAUGUUCUUUGUUGGUUUGAUUUAAUAACAUGUCUAUUAACAGCCCUACGAAAGCAGUCAUAGUUUAAGCUUUGUUUGUGAACUGCGACGGCACCAAUGGAACUCUGGCUAGACAGUAAUUCCGAAAAUCUCCACCCACUUAUCGCCCCGGCGUUCUGGUUUGUUUGUUCUGGUAGAUAUCAUGGAUCUCUUCCAUGGGCACUCCUACAAGACCUCACGUACAUGUCUUCGGAAAACAUAUCCAGGCAACCUCGGGCAAAUGACAAAGGCGUCUGUACAAAUUAACUUGGCGUCCGCCUGCUGGCAGUUACUUUUGGGCGUCUACUGGGCGUCCUGUAAAAAGUCCAAGUAGUCCAGUAGUUUUCCGUAGCCCAGAGAGCGGGAGAGGGAGAGAGAGAGACAGCAGAGGUGCGCGGCACUACAAAAGGCCUAUUGUUCCACUUGUUGCUUCUGUGCCAGA